AUGGUGAGCGUGAUUGGUUCCGGCAACCACAGCGAGGACGAUCAGUCGGCGGGUAGGUUGAAGUGGAUUCUGAUCCUCCUCGUUGGUCUCGGCAUGUUGGCCCUCUCAUUGUUUGUGGCAUGCGUUUGGUUUUGCUUUCACUGUAUGCGCAGGCCUCUGGGAGGCAUGCCUAUCGUCCGGCCCCAUUCGCAGCUUCGCAGCAACGCUUUGGCACAGCAGGACCAGGCGCCGGUUGGGGAGGAAGAGCCGGAGACGCUGCAGGGCCACGCUUUAGAGAACCGCGUCCGCGCCCGUCGCCAUCGUGGCCCCUACUCGUACCAUCUUCCAGACGGACACACCACCGUUCACAUCGACGACUUCAGUGCCCUUCCUGAGGCCAAGCCGCCGCCACCAACGGAGGAGGAAGUGCAGCGUCGGCGAGAGGAGGCAUAG